CGGGCCGCCCGGGAGUGAGCCGAUGGAGCGCCGCGUGGAGUCCAGUCGGAGGGUUUCCACCAGGUGAUGCUGUCCAAACCCGACUGAUCUACCGACCGGAUCACGAAUGGAUCCCGAUUUAUUCCCACGCUGCUGGAGGAGGCCGCUUCACUCAUUGAUAACCGUGUAUGUCAUCCUCAUUUAUCAAGCGCAUCUUUCCCGCGGUGUUGAGAGAGUGAACGUGUCAAACUGGGAUGCAUUAAAUAACGGGAGCACCAGGAUAAAGCAUCAGAAAUGGGACACCGCUUCCCAGGGAGGGCAGGAUCUUCACAAUGCCACUUCUGCCUUAGAAACAAAUACUUCAGCCUCGAGGCGAUCACUGCUAAACGGGACUGUUGCAUCCAACCUGACGUCUGCCAGGAUAGAGAGGACACAAAACGACUUAUGGAGCCAAAGCGUUAACCAGUCAUCUGUACCCCUGGUUGAAUCUAGCCAAUCAUCCUCAAGAACAACAACUGGCAGCCAAGAUGUAGAGAGCAAUACCCAAAAUAGCACCCAACCAUUCUUACAGUCAGUAACUGAGACUAGACAAUCAAACCAAUCCCCAACCAGCACAGGACCAACAACACAAUCAAUACCAGCAAGUAAAUUAACGGUCAACUCAACCUCACCUGAUCAAUUGUCUACUAAGACUGCACAACUGAACCAAUCCCAAACUGAUUCAUCAGCCAUCCAACCACCAACACCCAGCCAAUCAACACGCAGUAGCACCUCCCCCAAACAAUCUGUACCCGAGACAUCAAACCAGUUCCAAACCAAAUCUGGUUUGUCAGCUGCUGGGAUUACACAGUACAGCCAGUCAGAAGCUAGCCCAGUUCCACCCAUUCAACAAAGGACAGCAACAACAUCAACCAGCCAAACAACGGACCCAGUCCAAUCUCAGACCAACCCACCACCAUCCACUCACUUACUCACAACCAGCCAGUCCCAAGACAUUGUGGACCAAGCCAGUCAGGCAGGAAGCACCUCAGAGAAUAUCAAUCACUCACCAGGCAGCACAGUUUCAGCUGGUCUAUCGUCAACAACUUCAGCAUCCAGUCAUUCAGAAGUCAUCCCAGUAGUACUGCUCGAACAACCAUCAACAACAGCACCAACCAGCCAACCAUCUGAGACAACUCAGUCAGACAAAACCCAAACCAGUAUCCAAUCCCAAACAACCAGUCCGUCAACAGUAAGUAAGGUACUAACCAGUCAAUCAUCAGGCAUCACAACAGAUACUAAAAAGUCAGCAAGCAGCACAGCUUUCUCUGGUGAAGCAUCAACUGAGACUUUAAAAACCAGCCAAUUACGGGUCAACCCAGUACCACUGACCCAACAAGUAACAACCACAACAUCUACCAGCCAAUCAACAGACAGUUCACUGCAAACAAUGACAACCACAGAACUGUCCAGCCAACUGUCAACCACCAAAGAGAUUUCCAAGCAAAUCACAACCACUGUUGCGUCAAAAAGCCAAACAUCUGACCAACUGCCAACUUGGACCAAUAAAGUAAACCAAACACCCACCAACCGGACACCACCCAGCUGGGCGCAGAACAAAGGAGGACCACACAGCCAACCACCAGCUACCAAAACAACAGCCAAUCAAUCACCCUUCUCAACAGCCCAAAAUAGUGAAUCAGCAACUUCCAGACAACCAGAACAGCAGACGUCAAACCAAUCAGUCAAUAAAGGACUAGCGACUGUAACAACGGCAACAGGACAAGCACCAAGCAGCGCAGCAUUAGAAAGCCAGGUCCUAGAUAGAUUAACACAAACCAGCCAGUCUCUUACUACAGCCCCAUCUCCAACCACAUCAGUAAUGUCCAAAGCAUCAUCCAGUCCAAGGCCAACCAAAACAACAAAUCCCAAGCAGUCACAACACAGUGUAACUGCACCAGUUCAACCUGUACAAACAACCAAACACUCUAGCCAAGAAAUAGAAAGCACAUCAGCCAAAAAGCCACCAGACAGUUCCCUACAAGAAAAACAAAUGCCUCCUAAAGCACCGUCCAGAAAAUCCUCAUCAAAGAAGACAGGGUCUUACAAUCCUUCAAUAAGCACAGCGGAAUCUAGACCAUCACUGAAAGGCACAGGGCCUGUUAGCCAAUCACCAGUCAGUAAAUCACCUCCCAGAAUCCUAUAUUCAGUGGGCAGUACAACAAAAUCAACCCAGUUGUCAUCCAGCCAAGCACCACUGAGCCCCUCAGCGACUCGAUCAAACCUAACAAGCCAGUCCUUCCUCACAACUACAGUUUAUAAUCAAUCUCCAGCUAUUUCAGCCCCACCAGAUCAAUCAGCGACAAAUUCAGUGACUUUAGCGCAAACGUCUCACAGCAGGAUAUCAAAUAACCACACCUUGCUGGAUUUGAUAAACACAGACCAGGCACUGAAUGGGUCUUUAUCGCUGAAACAACUGACAUCAACACCUGGGAACUCAGUCAGUGGAGCCCUUCCCCCAGAUGAUCGUCCAGUAAAUGUCUCGCAGCUCACCAGGCAGGCCAAGGAAGCCCUGAAGUCAUCGAAACGUAGAUUUCCAGGGGAGCCAUGCGAGUAUCCCUGCCUGAAUGGAGGACAGUGCAUUUUGUCGGAGUCAUGUGACUGCAGCUUGUUUCAGGCCACCGGGCACAGAUGUCAGACAGUUCCAAAUCUUGGCUUUGAGAGGGAGAUGACGUGCCGGACGUGGGGCCAGUACAACUUUGAGACCUUUGACGGUCUUUACUUCUACUUCCCCGGCCGAUGCACGUACACGUUGCUGAGGGACUGUGAGGAAACCACCCAAGCCAGCAUUGUUGUCCAGGUGCACAAUGACCCAAACUGCAGCUCUGCUCCUUACUCCUGUCAGCGGUCUGUUAGCGUCUUCCUGCCGUGGGAGGGGGAGAUACGACUGCACGCCACCAGCAUCACUUUCAAAGGCCAAAGUCUGCAGCUGCCUCAUCACAUCCACGACCUGCAGCUGCAGCAGAUCUCCCAGUAUGUGCUGGUGACGCAGCAGCAGGGUUUCACGCUGGCCUGGGAGGGACGGAGUGGCUCGGUCUACAUUAAACUCAGCCCGGAGUUCGUGGGCCGCACCUGCGGCCUCUGCGGCAACUUCAACGCAGACGUUCAGGACGACCUGAAGACCAGCUACGGUGUGCUGACCCAGGAUGUGGAGAUGUUUGGGAACAGCUGGAUGGAGAUGGAGCCCCAUCAGGACAGAUGUCUUCUCGUUCCCUCUGCUUUCUCGUCACCUUGUGCUCGUGUCGAAGCUCAAAUCCUUCUGAAAGUGGAGGAGAUCUGUGCAAUGCUGCUGGACCCGCCGUUCCAGCGCUGCCAUGACUUUGUGAGCCCGCUGCCCUACAUGGCCAGCUGCUCCAACGACCUCUGCAUGUCGGGUCCCAGCGGCGAUGUGGUAUGCCAGGUGUUCAGCGAAUACGCCCGAGCCUGCGCCCAUGCUGACCACCCACUGCACAACUGGAGGCAGCACAUUCCUCAGUGUGUGAAGCGGUGUCCUCUCGGGCUGCAGUACAGGGAAUGCAUCAGCUGCUGCCCAGAAUCCUGCAACCUGGAACAAACAUGCAUAGAUAGCAAGCUGGCCUGCUUAGACGGAUGCUACUGUCCUGAAGGUCUAAUUUAUGAGGAUGGGAGCUGUGUGGCACCGGCGGACUGUCCCUGUGAGUACCACGGCAUGUUUUACCCCUCUGGACAAACACUGCAGGAGGAGUGCAACAACUGCACAUGUGUGGGUGGAGCGUGGAACUGCACCGACAACAGCUGCCCAGGAGAGUGCUCGGUGACCGGCGACAUGUAUUUCCAGUCGUUCGACGGGAGGAUCUUCACCUUCCCUGCGACGUGCCAGUAUGUCCUCGCCAAAAGCCGCAGCUCGGGGAAAUUCACCGUCACCAUCCAGAACGCCCCCUGCGGAGCCAAUUUAGACGGGGCCUGCAUCCAAUCAGUUAACCUGGUCAUUGACGAGGAUCCAAGGACAGAGAUCACACUGAGUCACGUCGGCGAGGUCUUCAUGGCCGGCCAGUACCGCAUCUCGCUGCCCUAUUCUGACGACAUCUUCCACAUCCAGGAGCUGUCGUCCAUGUUCCUCCAGGUGAGAACAGCGUUGGGCCUGCAUCUGCAGUACAGCUGGACGGAGUUUCGUCUCUACCUGCAGGCCGACGAGACGUGGAAAGACGACACGGUGGGGCUGUGUGGCACCUUCAACGGCAACAUUCAAGAUGACUUCCUAUCUCCAUCAGGAAUGAUCGAGAGCACGCCUCACCUGUUUGGAAACGCCUGGAAGGUGUCAUCAGCCUGUUCACUCAGCCUGAGCACACCUCAGCUCGACCCCUGUGACACUCACCAACAGGCCGUGACCUACGCCUCAGAGAUGUGUGACAUUCUCAAUCAAGAUCUGUUCUCCGCCUGUCACGAGUACCUCAGCCCGACACCUUUCCACCAGCAGUGCCACGCAGACACCUGUAGGUGCGGGACGCCCUGCCUCUGCUCCUCCUUGGCUCACUACGCGCGGCACUGUCGGAGAUUCUCCAUCAUCGUCGACUUUCGAUCGCACGUAUCGGAGUGUGCUGUCACCUGUCCUGCCACCAUGCAGUACGGCACCUGCGUGUCCUCCUGCCAGCGGCGCUGCGCCUCCCUCUCCGUCCCGCAGCACUGUGGCGAGGACUGCGAGGAGGGCUGCGUCUGCCCCCUGGGGUCCUUCUACAACCACCGAACACACACCUGUGUGCACAGGAGUGAGUGUCCCUGCAGUUUUCUUGGAGCAGACUACGAGCCGGGAGACGUGAUCUUGACAUCAGCAGGUGUUCAGCUCUGUCUUAAUGGUAAACUGGUGUCUCAGACGACAGAAACAGACCGGCUGUGUCCACCGGGUCAAGUCUACCUGAACUGCUCAGAUGGAGAGGACAGCCUAAUGCCAGGAAGGGGCGUGGCCUGUGAGCGCACCUGUGAGUCCUUCCUGCUCAACAUCACCUGCUCUGCACACGAGCCAUGUGCCUCCGGAUGUGCCUGCCCACCCGGGUUACUGAAACAUGGGGACGAAUGCUUUGAGCCUGAUGCCUGCCCCUGUUUGUGGAAAGGAAAAGAAUAUUUCCCUGGCGACAGAGUUUCCACCUCCUGCUACCAGUGUGUUUGCCAACACGGGACGUUCCAGUGCGUGUUUCGUCCUUGUCCGUCUAUGUGCACGACUUACGGUGAUCGCCACUACAGGACGUUUGAUGGACUGCUGUUUGACUACGCCGGCACCUGCAAAGUUUAUCUAGUUAAGAGCAGCGCUGACGUGAUGCUGAAUGUUUUGGCUGAGAACGUUGACUGCUUUGACAGUGGAAUCAUCUGCAGGAAGUCACUUCUGAUCAACAUCGGGGGAUCUUUCAUAUCUUUUGACGAUGAUUCUGGGACGCCAAAUCCGUCUAGUGUGAUGGACAUUAAGCAGCAGGUGUUCAUCUGGCCAGCUGGAUAUUUCACAAUAAUACACUUCCCAGAAGAAGACGUGACGAUCCUUUGGGACCGCAAGACCACAGUUCACAUCCAGGUUGGACCCCGCUGGCAGGGGAAACUCAGCGGCCUGUGUGGGAACUUUGACCUGAAGACGGUCAACGAGAUGCGGACGCCCGAUAACAUCGACUCUCCAACGGCGCAGGAGUUUGGAAACAGCUGGACAGCAACAGAGUGUGUGAACAGUCCAGACAUCAGACACCCCUGCAGCCUCAGUCCGCUCAGAGAGCCCUUUGCAAAGCGCCAGUGUGCCGUCCUGCUCAGCGAGGUCUUUCAGACCUGCCACCCAGUGGUGGAUGUUACCUGGUUCUACAUGAACUGCCUCGCUGAUACAUGCGCCUGCAGCCGUGGGGGCGACUGCGAGUGUUUCUGCACCAGCGUGGCGGCGUACGCCCAGCGCUGCUGUCAUGAGGGGAUUCCUGUGGACUGGCGCUCACCCUCUCUCUGCCCGUAUGAUUGUGAAUUCUACAAUAAAGUUCUGGGUAAAGGUCCAUUCAGGCUCUUCACCUUCAGGGAUCAGACCACUCUGGUGUCAGCCAGCGGAUCCAGUGGCUUUGUGUUCCUGCAGCGGGUCAACAGCAGCGCCGAUGCUGCUCCUGGGAUCUUCUCAGAGUUCAUGAUGACACCGGGCCUCAGCAGAGCUCGGCCACACGAUGCAUCGCGUGUUUCCUUUGAAGCAGCCGGCAGACCAAACUACUUCCUGCACGCGAGUCCCAGCGGCCAAGUGAGGCUGGCCAAGUGGGAGGAUAGUGAUGCAUUCUGGGAUGAAGCGACCUUCAUCCUCCACAGGAACACCUGGGUCUCGGGCUACGACUCGCUUGAGUCGCACGCAAAACCCGGCUUCUUCCUGCACGCCACGCUGCCCCGCCUCCACCUGCUCAAAUUCAGACACACCUACAGUUUCCGCAAAGCCUCGCUGUUCAGACUGACAGGCUCCAGACCAGACACCCCACCAAGCCCUCGGUGUAUGUGGCGGUACGACUCCUGCAUCAGCCCCUGCUUCAAGACCUGCAGCGACCCGUCCGCUGAGUCCUGUGUCACCAUCCCGCAAGUGGAGGGCUGCCUUCCUGUCUGCCCCCCAAACAUGGUCCUGGAUGAAGUCACCCGUCGAUGUGUCCAUGCUGAGGACUGUAUUAGGGUCCCAGAUUCUGUGCCACCUCCCUCGCCGUCCACUGCGGCUGAAACUUCUGAAACCACCACAUCAUCCACACCCCCACACACACAUCACACAGUAAAGGCUCCCACCAGCAAAUACCCCAUCCCAUCCCAAGCACCACCUGGUCCUGAAGAGCUGACCCGGCCUGAGACCCUAACUCCGUCUGCGGCUCCUGAAGAUGUCAGAACUCCUUCUGGGCCAACAGUGCCCUCUGCAGACAGGCCAGAGGUGGUGGAGCCGCCGUCCACAACCAGGGUAACUGAGACUCCACCCACAACUUUAACCGCUGCAACAAGAUGGACAACCAAGCCGAUGAGCACAACCGGUGCUUCAUCCAGCCCCACCACAUCCAGGACAACCAGAGCUCCUUUUGACACCUCCUCCACCAAACCGCCUGACUCCCAGGCCUCGGCACUCACCACCACAGCUGCAACCACCACUGCAGCCCAAACUGCAACUUCUGCUGAAAGACCGACCACGAUCGGCACUUCCACUGUUACACAUCCACACAAAGACGCAGCAGAAGCCACGAGUUCAGCAAUUACUCGGACAACAACGACUUUAAGUCCAGUUUCCCCUUCACUCUCAGAAACGUCUGUGGAUACGGGCAGAACCACUGUCCCCAGUACAACCACUGCUCUCCUCGCAGGCACCAGUACAAAGGCUGCACCUGUAGAGGAAAUGGAAACAGCACCUUUUAUCCAGCCAGAACUGCCAAGCACAAGCUCUACAACAGCCUCUCCUGUUCCCACCUCUCCUCCUGUAGCAACAGGAACUUUAUCUUCAACAGCGACUUCAACAAAGACUACACAGCCAAUUGGACCAGUUACUCCUUCCACUACAAGUCAAGCAACACAAACUGAAACCACAGAGAGGACUUUGCACAUAAUCCAAACUGAUCAUACAACUUCUUCAACUGUUUCUUUGUUAUCCACAACCACACUCCAUCGUGUUUCCCCCUCUACAGCUUCGCCGUCUGCCUCCACCUCAGCUAGUACAGGGUGGCAAACAUCAACCACAAUGAAAGUCACCAUCCCCGAAUCUCCUGCACCCAGAACCCCUGCAGUCUCCACAACAGCUUCACCUCCACCUGCGAAGAUGACGGACAGCGGCACUCAUUCUGGGCACACGUCAAUAGCUUAUUCUGAGAGGACAUCCUGGUCCACCGGUGUCCCAGUGACGGGGAAAACCACCACCAGCAAGCUAACCUCAAGACCCCUUGUGGUUCCAGAAACAUACACAAUGUCCACAAAUGUUCUGCUCACCACAACACCUUCUAGUUUACCACAAUCUCCAACAACAGAGACCACUACUCAUCCUCCAUACCCUGAGCGAACCUCUGAGCCUUGGCAUCCCCUUCACUGGGAGACCACUUCCACCUCCACUGCUACCUACAGACCCCCGAUGGAGACAACAUCUGGGGUGGCCUCUGAAUCUGCUGCCAUGUCUACUAAAACCCUUGAAGCUCCUGAUCUGCCAGUAACAUCUAGGACAACUUCCACCUCUGGAGCUACUACUACCACCACAACAGGAACAACAACUCCAGAAAGUGGAGCCACAACCAGCAGGAAGCUGAUUACACCCCCAGCUCCACGUCUCCCUGGCUCUGCUGAGACCCUCCUCACCACGAGCCCAGUAGGAGCUUUACCCUCUAGUGUGCACACCACUGUUAAACCUGUCGUUAUUGUGCCGAUUACAGAAACUUCCCAACCAGCAGUGAGCAGAGUGUCAACUACAACAACAACCACAUCGUCUCCGUCUUUGUCUUCGCUCCAAACGACAACCUCUGCAACAGCUCCAGCCGUAUCUACCAGCCUGGACAAGGUCACAACCAGACUGGUGUCCUCUUCAAGAGCUACACCCACCAUUGUGAGGACAUCCACCUUUCACAGCAACACCCAGAGUUCCUGGGACUACAGGAAUUACUCCCAGGAUCACGUCGACCUCAAUCAGGCCAGUCACAAGGGUCCCCAUCGCAACGAGGCCCACCAGGUCAACCACUGUCAGCUUAACGGCUGUUUAUGCUGCUACCACGUCUACGAUUGUUGCAUCAUCAGAAAGCAGGACUGUCAUGUUAGUGCAUCAGCAGCGAGUCCCCGUUUGACAACCCUAACAGCUCCAGUGGUGGUCCCUUCACCAGAAACCGCUGCAUCAACCACAACCAAACCAGCUGAAAUACCACCGUCCCCAUCCCAGCGACCUGAUUCCUUUGUCUCAACCCAGGAUUCCGGUAUUCCAGUUCCAACAACAACUCCACAAGGACCCACCACCACCUUCUCAAAGAAUUACACAACUCAAGGUUCAACAUCACGUUGGAGUUCUCCUCGCCCAGCAGGGGAAACACCGAGCCCGUCAGUUGAGCGGUCAACAUCGAUGACAGAAACGCCUAUAAGGACAUGCACUCCUCCAUAUGCAGAGAUCGUCGACGAAUGCACAAAGUACAUCUGUGUCAACAAGCAGCUCAUCCUCUUCAACAAAUCCCAGAGCUGCCCCUUCACAACUGAGCCUCCAAACUGUGGCCUGCUUGGUUUUGCUGUUCUGGUCAAUGGAGACAAGUGCUGCCCAAAGUGGGAUUGUCCAUGUCGUUGCUCAAUGUUUCCAGAUCUGAAUGUGAUCACGUUUGAUGGGGACAGCUUUGCUGUUUUCAAAGCUGCUUCUUACAUUGUUACCCAGCUGCCCAAUGAGACCCUUAGUGUCCUGAUUCAGGAAUGUCCGGCGGACUCUGAGCUACCGCAUAUCUGGAAUUUCACCAACUUGUGUCUGGUCUCACUCAACAUCACGCACAAAUCUAACCACGUUGUCAUCAACAGACUGCAGAGGAGACUCUACGUAAACUCCCGAUAUGCCAAGCCCCGUUUUAAAAAGUAUGGUUUUGAGAUCUACGACACGGGCAACAUGUACCUGAUCCGCAGCCCGGCUGGUCUCAAGGUGCAGUGGUAUCACAGCACCGGCAUGAUGGUGAUCGACACUGAUGGAUCCGGCAGUAAACUUCCUACGAUGGGCCUCUGUGGAUUCUGCGAUGGAGACCUGACCAAUGACCUGACUCUGCCCAACGGUACCGUCUUGGCCAUAGGCACGGACCCGGCUGUGUUUAUCGACAGCUGGCAAGUUCCCAACACCACCAGCUACGUCAGCUACAGCCGCCGACGUGAUCACAACUGCUCUACCAGUGACUGCUCACGCUGUCUGGCCAUGCUGGAGGACAACACCUUCGCCCCUUGUCACACGUUUGUGCCACCCAGCACAUUUUGUGAGGUUUGGGUGAAAGACUCAGAGUAUGUGAACAACCAGUGUGUGGCUCUGGCUGCUUAUGUGGCAACCUGCCAUAAAUUCAACAUCUGCAUCGAGUGGAGGAGACCGGAUUACUGCCCCUUUGUGUGUCCCAGCACUCUGAGCUAUCAGGCCUGCCUACCAGCCUGCACUUCUCAAUCCUGCCCAAACCACGACUUUGACUCGGAUCCGGACCACUGCUCGGGCCUGACGGAGGGCUGCGUGUGUCCCAGAGGAACCCUGCUCCAUCGGCCGUACUCUGCUCUCUGCAUCCCCCCUGAGAAGUGUGCCUGCACCGACAGCUCCGGCGUUCCUCGUGCACACGGCGACGUGUGGAAAGCCUCGAAGGACGGCUGCUGCAUGUACCGCUGCGACAAUGACACCAUCGUUCCCGUGGAGUACAACUGCUCCAGCACGCCGGCGCCGGUUUGCCACCGGACGGGUGAGAUGAUCAUCAGCAUGUCUGACGACGCCAGCUGCUGUCCCCACAAAGUCUGCGUGUGUAACCAGACCCUGUGUGAUCAUGUCCCCCCUGAGUGUAAAUAUGGUGAAAAGCUUGUGUCUUACUACAGACCAGACUCCUGCUGCCCCGACUACGUCUGUGAGUGCGAUCCUGACCUUUGUGAGUCUGACAUCCCCGCCUGCAGAGAAGACCAGACUCUGAUCGCCACCAGAGCCGAUGGCAGCUGCUGUCUGGCCCACAUCUGCAUGUGCUCAUCCUGUGUGGAGCCACCUCCUUCCUGCCAGGAUGGUGAGGUGCUGAGCGUCGACAGCAACAGCACAGAUCGAUGCUGCCCCUCCUAUCAAUGUGUCUGUGAGCCCUACAGGUGUCCUCAGCUGAGUUGUCCUGUGGGGAUGUCAGUUGUGUCCGUUUCCAGCCCAAAUCUCUGCUGUCCCAACCAAACAUGCGAUAAGCAUGGUAAUUCUUCGUGUUUUCUGUUUACAGAGUGCACUUGUCAUAAGGUCGCCUCUCCAAAGUGUAGCCUGGGAGAAGCUGCACAGCUUGAUCGGGCCUUUCUGUCCGACCCACAGAAUCAGUGUGCCUGCAAGAGAUACACGUGUGUGCGUGAGGCUGUGUGUGUGUUCGGUGAGCGUGGGUUGUUGCAGCCGGGUCAGACUCUGGUGGAGCACGGAGUCGACGGUUUGUGUUACAGUCGCCACUGCAGCCAAGUUCUAGACCCGGCGAGUGGAUUUCACCUGCUGCGGACCUCCACGGUCAACUGCUCUGCCCACUGCCAACCGAAUCAGAUCUAUGUUCCUCCCAAAGAUCAGUCAACCUGCUGUGGCGUCUGUAAAAACAUUUCCUGCCUUUAUCAACAUGAGAAUGGAACAAUAGGCAUUUAUAAGCCUGGAAGGUCCUGGGUAUCAAACUGCAAGAAGUUCGACUGUUCCGACACAUCGUUCGGACCAACCCUCAUCUCCUACUCCUACAGCUGCCCUCCCUUCAAUGAAACCGAGUGUACGAAGAUCGGAGGAACUGUCGUGAAUUACAUGGACGGAUGCUGCAAGAUGUGCAAAGAAGAUGGGAAGUCGUGUCAGAAGGUGACGGUGAGGAUGACGAUCCGGAAGAACGACUGCCGCAGCAACCGGCCGGUGAACAUCGUGUCCUGCGAUGGGAAGUGUCCCUCCGCCAGCAUCUACAACUACAACAUCAACACGUACGCUCGCUUCUGCAAGUGCUGCCGGGAGACGGGGCUGCAGCGGCGCUCCGUGCAGCUUUACUGCAGCAGCAACGCCACCUGGGUCAGCUACACCAUCCAGGAGCCAACCGACUGUGCCUGCCAGUGGUCCUAAACACAAACACAAUCUAUGAAAGUACGCUCACAUUCAGACAGAAAGGUCUUACCUGGAUAAAGAUCUUCAAGGUUCGCAGACCUCAAGGUGUCCACGAGGAGGACACCUUGACGUUGGGGACGUUGGGACUCAUUGAUGUGGAACUGUGAAUAACACCACUGCAGGAUGCUGGGAGGAUGUUAGUGAUCUCAGUAAGUAUUUGUAGUACCUCUGCUGGCAGGGAGGUGGAGCAGUAGAGCAGAUAUCCCCAGGUCCCGUCUGUCCCACAAAAAGAUUGCACUGAUACUUUCCCAACAAUGGUGUCCAGAAGAGAAGAUAAUUAAAUAACAACACACCAGAAUAAAGGACAGCUCUGCUUCAUUGUGACUACAGUUAAAACAUUAGAUGCAGUCUAAAAGCCACAAUUUAAAACAUUCUGUUCCAUAAAGUUUGAAAGAUUGUCUAAUAAUAAUAAAUUGUGCUGCUUUAAUGGCAUUUGGUUCUUCUUUCCGUGUAAAAAUUAUCCAACAACGCUAAAGUGACGCCUUCUGAGCCAGUUUGAAUUUUGCACAAAUCUCAAAAUCACUCAUGCACAAAAAGGCUUAUAUAAUACUACAAUUGAUUUUGAGCUUUUAGCUCCUGGGAAUUUAGUUUGCAUUAAUCUCAAAAGUCUGAAAGCGUAUUUAAAAUAAGCCUGAAAAAGUUAAGUGAGUCAAGGUGGCCAGAAAAGUAGAUGGCUUUAUGUUCAGAAAACCCAACUAGGGUAUUAGUGCACAGCACAAAAUGACAAACUAGGAUGAAUUCAGGCACAGAAAUGUCUGCAGGUUGAAUGUUAAGUCAGAGCCGUAUAAGCAGAUUUGUCCAGUGAUGAGGAGAAAGUCUGGCAAAAUGUUGUCUGAGACUUUAGCUUGGAGAUCUAAUAAACCAGUAACGUACUCAGAGAUUUAAAAGAUCACUUGAGAAAGCUCUGUUUGCCAAUAAUUCAGCAAGAUGGUGAAUAACCCUUUGUGUCUUUACAUUUAGAAUAAAAUAACUGCAAUUAUUGCAGGAUUCUGACAUUUACUCAGAGGUGUGUGUUCUUUACUCACCAAGCACUAGUUUUAUAAAACAUGUUUCACCUGCGAUGGCUUAACUGGACUAAAAUUAUGUUGCUAAGAAUGCAGUCUAUCUGCCAAUUCAGACUCUAAAGGACCAUUUGGCAUCAAAAAGCCAUUUAAAGCAUGAGUUGCAGAUAUGGUGGAUGAAGGGAAGGGAAAAUCCUGACACGUAAUCUCAGUCAUUUGGCUCAGACACUGAGAAAAAACAAAGUUGGUAAAAAAGGUUGGCGCUCCAUCAUCACGGGUAAACAUGAUGUCAGCAGAUAUUUUCUGCUUAGAGAGCACACAUAAAGAGUAAAAAACGUAGAAAAAGAACAAACCCUUUUACCUUUACACUUUAUGCUCACAAAUGUCGUCUGCCCUCACCUUGAUAGUCUUACUGCCAACUUUCCUUCAGCUGCCAAUCAUCGACCCGGCAUGCUGAGCCGUGUUAGGUCCUCAUCCCUCAGCCUAGAAUUAUUCCUUCUCUUGAAGACCACAGUCUUAUUGUUUAAUCAUCGUCAUUAUCGCGGUACAGAGACAACGUUUUGGGGAGGUAAGGCAAAACUUUAAUGUCGCGGAGGUGAAAUUACAUUCACAGCUAGAAGUCACAUGAUGUGUCGAGAUAAGGAGUCCGCCCUCUUUAGUUUUGCAAAUCUCCCCGAUGUUUCCUCAGAAGAUAUUAGCUCUAGCCGCCCUUUUCUGUGUUGCCAAAAAGUGGCAACACAUCAAUAAAUCUUUUAAUCAGGAGGAAAAUCCUUUUGUAAGCAACUGGGCUCUAAGACUCUACAUCAUCAUCUAUAUACCCUGAUGCCUUUUCUGGGCUCCAAAGGCCCUGUUUGUGUCAUAAAAGUCUUUAAAAUUUAGCCAUCUGAUUUUAAACUGAGUGUUGGGGCCUUUAGUGAUUUGUUUCUUUUUCAUAAUCCCAAGAGCUUCGGGUUGCUUUUGCUGUAAAAUACAUUUAUCCUUUAAUUAAUAAAAGAAGACAUAAAUGCCCUCUCAGAAAAUGUUGUGAACUGAUUUUAUUUUGUUUGUGUUACCUUUAAAUGAAGAUUUUUCAUACACAUUUCAGAAAACCUGAAACCUUUCCUCGUGGUUAGACUAUCCUGGGAAGGCUGCAAGGUACGGGGUUUUAAUCCCAUAGACUGCCUCUGGGUCCCUGAGCAAGACCCUUAGCUCCAGAAUGCUCCACAGCAGCAGCCCACUGCUGCCUAAGGGAUGGGACAAGUGCAGAGGAAACAUUGGAUCCAAAAGGUUGCAAUUACAAAGAUGAUUAUUAUACCUUCUUAUGAAAAUCAAUGGAUAAAACAAUAAUGCAUUGCCUGCAUUGAAUGCAAGGCCCAAGCAAAACCAUAUAAAACAAUGUCUUAAUAUGUUCAAAACAAUCUUUUGAUUCCGACAUUGACUGAAAACUUUCUAUUUGUGGGAUAUUUCAUGUCAUUAAAGUAAAGUUUAUUUCUGAAAGAGACAAUUUCAAACAUCAUACUGGUCAUAAUUAUGUAAGAAUUGUAUUAAGAGGUGUCUUAAUACAGUAAUUUCUCAUCUUUAGACACAUUUCUAUUUAAAUAAAUCACUAAUAAAUUGCGGUUUCUGCUGCUUUGCUGUUUCCACCUCCCUGCCCUCCUGUGGAGGUCGUGCCAAUUUGAAAAGUCAUCUGUCUUUUAGAGGAGCAUCCUGCCAUCUGAGUCUCAUUUAGUUUAAAAGAAAGAGUUGGGAUACAGUCAUCAAGAAAAAAAGUGUGGUUAUUUAGAGAACACCUCCCAGGUCAUUAAUUUUAAAUUUGACCCAAAAUGUUGUGUGUCAUUUUUGUAAAUAGCUAAAUUCCAGUGCUCUUUAAUUUCUUUUGCAGUUCAUAAUUUAGAUUUCUCUCUCGUAGAAAGACUGACUUAAAAAAAAGUAUUCUCUGUGAUGUGGAUUUUAGUCUCCGUAACCAACAUUUCUGAGGUGUUGUUAGCUGAUUAAAAUCCAACUGUUUGCGGAGCACUUUAUUUAUUUAUUGGAGUUUGAUAGAGCACAGAAGUUCUGUUUUAUAAGUAUACGUUUGACCCAAAAGGAGAAGAGACAACAUGAUGCAAAAGUCUGAUUUUGUUGCUUCUCCCAUCAACACGGCUUCUCUGUGGAUGAAACGUCUCAUACCAACAGAGUUAAAGAAGAUUUGUAACAUACAGGUGUACAUUUGACUUUUCAAUAAAUCUUUUUGGACACUCAA